GAAGCUGCAGCUAAUGGGGUGCUCCCCCUGCGGUCACAUGGUGCAGACAGGCAUGUUUAUAGUCUCAGGAAGAGGGUGAGCAGCAUGGCAGUAUGUGUGUCUGGGAGGGAAGAUGGAGGUCUGCUGCCAAGGCAGCCCAGGAGAUAAUGCAGCUCUCUCCCCCACAGCCUGAGACUCAUGCUGCCUGAGUCACAGCCAGGGGAGGAGUCAUAGAUGUGGGAUGUGUAAAACCCCCAGGAAAGAUUUGCAUGUCACGCAGAACUUUAGCUGACAAGAGCUCCGGGAUGCAGGAGGAACUGGCAACAUGAGCUGGAGUUUCUUGACGCGCCUUUUAGAGGAAAUACACAAUCACUCUACCUUCGUAGGCAAGAUAUGGUUGACAGUAUUAAUAGUCUUCCGCAUUGUUCUCACAGUGGUAGGAGGGGAAUCCAUUUACUAUGAUGAACAAGCCAAGUUUGUGUGCAACACGGAGCAGCCAGGUUGUGAAAAUGUCUGUUAUGAUGCAUUUGCUCCUCUUUCCCAUGUCCGUUUUUGGGUAUUCCAAAUCAUCCUGGUUGCCACACCAUCUCUCUUGUAUCUGGGCUAUGCUGUACAUAAAAUUGCAAGGACAGAGGAGCGCAGUGAGUAUGAUAGGAGGUCAAAACUACGACAUUUCCCUCUUCGGUGGAGGCAACAUCGAGGUCUAGAAGAAGCAGAAGACGACAAUGAGGAAGACCCUAUUAUGUACCCUGAAAAUGAGAUGGAAAGCGAAAGAGGAAACAGGGAAGUGAAUCGCAACAAAGUCAAACAUGAUGGACGUCGACGUAUCCGUGCAGAUGGGUUAAUGAGAAUUUAUGUCUUACAGCUUCUGUUCAGAACAGUUUUUGAAGUAGGGUUCCUGGCUGGGCAAUUUUUCCUUUAUGGGUUUGAAGUUAUUCCCAGAUACGAGUGCAUUACAAAACCUUGCCCGCACAAAGUGGACUGCUUCAUAUCCAGGCCCACCGAAAAAACAAUCUUUCUCUUAAUCAUGUACGGUGUGAGCUGCCUCUGCCUGCUUCUGAAUGUAUGGGAAAUGCUCCACCUUGGCUUUGGGACCAUACGUGAUGUCCUCAAUAACCGUAGAAAGGAGGUUGAUGAUUCCUCCACAUAUAAUUACCCUUUCACGUGGAACACGCCAUCAGCUCCUCCUGGAUACAAUACCACUUUGAAACCAGAACAAAUACAGUACACAGAACUCACGAAUGCCAAAAUGGCAUAUAAGCAGAACAGAGCCAACAUUGCUCAGGAGCAGCAAUAUGGCAGCAGAGAGAACAAUAUCCCAGUUAAUCUAGAGAACCUACAACGGGAAAUACGUUUGGCUCAGGAACGACUUGAAAUGGCCGUGCAGGUCUACAAUAGCCAGAGCAACCCACCUAUCACCAAAGAGAAAAAAAUCAAGAAGGGUUCAAACAAAAGCAGCGUUAGCAGCCGAUCCGGAGAUGGAAAGACCUCCGUGUGGAUUUAAUCACACCAUCACCCCUCAGGUAGCUGCUAUUUGUCUCAAGGAGGAACUGUGGCAGAGGAUUAACUCCACUUGUUAUUAAUAUUUUGGUUUGGUUAAUGUUUAAGAGACAGAUCGCAAUGGUUGGAGCUUUCAAUAUGUUUAAAAGAAGAGGUUGGAUUUGGACUCUGCAGAACAUUAGCAUGUAUCCAGUUGGUUAAUAGCCCUGCAGUUUAUCAGACAUUUCUUCCUAUCUUUGUCGAGUCCACAAAGCAUUAGUACGACAAUCCUCGCUAUAUGCAAGUUUUUUAUGAUUCCAUUUUCUGUCAUGUUUAUUGUAUUCCAGGACAGAGGGGACUUUUUCAGCAUACCCUCUUUAUUUGUUAUUUAAGAAUUGUCAUCCCAGGCUAAAAAUGAUCCUUUAUACAUUUGUUUUGCAGCUCAGGAGUCUUUUUAUAAAUUACUACCUUAACCGUUCUGUUGCCAAAGGAGGCAUCCAACAGCUUCUGCACCUAAAACCUCACUGGUGAGGAGAUUGAAGGGUUUAAAGUGCCUUGUUUUGUUACUCUGCCAAGAGCUAUUUUUUUUUUUUCCAAUCGUUUUCUUAUUUUUUUUAUUUUUUUCAAUGUUUUUAGUU